GAGAUGGGAAGUGCGGCCGAGGCGAGUGCUGGGACGGCGGCCGAGCGGGCGGUGGCGCCGGUGUCGGCAUUGAAAGAUGCACGUGGCGUCAGGGUUCCUGGCGGAUGGGUUUCUGCGACCGGCGUGGGUGGAGGUUUGGGAUGUGGCGUUGAUGCUGGCGCCCUGACGGCUGCUGUGCGUGGAUUUGGACGCCGUUGCGACGAGCGAUGGCGAGACGUCAGGAUAUUCGUG